AUGGACACCUGCUUACUUCCUCUUCAGAGACGGUUAACACAGAUGGACCAGUCGUCUCCAACCUACAUGCUUGCCAACUUAACCCACUUACAUUCUGAACAGCUUUUGCAGGGCUUGAACCUCCUUCGCCAACAUCACGAGCUGUGUGACAUUAUCCUUAGAGUUGGCGAUGUCAAGAUCCAUGCGCACAAAGUGGUACUUGCUAGCAUCAGCCCGUAUUUCAAAGCCAUGUUCACUGGAAAUCUUUCAGAGAAAGAGAACUCCGAGGUAGAGUUCCAGUGCAUUGACGAGGCAGCGCUGCAGGCUAUAGUGGAAUAUGCAUACACAGGGACUGUAUUCAUCUCGCAGGACACCGUAGAGUCACUUCUUCCAGCUGCAAAUCUUCUUCAGAUCAAACUUGUACUAAAGGAAUGUUGCACAUUUCUUGAAAGCCAGCUAGAUCCUGGCAAUUGCAUUGGGAUUUCUCGUUUCGCAGAGACGUAUGGCUGCCAUGACCUCUACUUGGCUGCUAACAAAUACAUUUGUCAGAAUUUUGAAGACGUUUGUCAGACUGAAGAAUUUUUUGAGCUUACACAUACUGAAUUAGAUGAAAUUGUUUCAAAUGACUGUUUGAAUGUUGUCACAGAAGAGACAGUUUUUUAUGCACUGGAGUCUUGGAUCAAGUACGAUGUGCAGGAGCGACAGAAGUACUUAGCACAGCUGCUACACUGUGUCCGGUUGCCACUGCUGAGUGUUAAGUUUCUUACUAGGUUGUAUGAAGCAAACCAUCUUAUUCGUGAUGACCAUACUUGUAAACAUCUACUGAAUGAAGCCCUGAAAUACCACUUUAUGCCUGAACAUAGACUUUCCCAUCAGACUGUGUUGACGACACGACCACGUUGUGCUCCUAAAGUACUUUGUGCUGUAGGAGGAAAAGCUGGAUUAUUUGCUUGUUUGGAAAGUGUUGAGAUGUAUUUUCCCCAGAAAGACUCCUGGAUAGGUCUGGCGCCUCUUAGCAUUCCCCGCUAUGAAUUUGGAAUAUGUGUCCUGGACCAGAAAAUAUAUGUUGUAGGAGGGAUUGCAACCCACAUGUGUCAAGGCAUCAAUUACCGAAAACAUGAAAGUUCAGUGGAAUGCUGGGAUCCUGAUACAAAUACCUGGACAUCUCUUGAAAGAAUGAAUGAGAGCCGAAGUACUCUUGGAGUAGUGGUUCUAGCAGGAGAACUGUAUGCCUUAGGUGGCUAUGAUGGGCAAUCUUAUUUACAAUCAGUAGAGAAAUACAUUCCAAAGGUUAAGGAAUGGCAACCAGUGGCCCCAAUGAGUAAAACAAGAAGUUGUUUUGCUGCUGCUGUCUUGGAUGGAAUGAUAUAUGCCAUUGGUGGUUAUGGUCCUGCCCAUAUGAACAGCAUGGAACGUUAUGAUCCAAGUAAAGACUCAUGGGAGACAGUAGCUUCAAUGGCAGACAAAAGGAUAAACUUUGGUGUUGCUGUCAUGCUGGGCUUCAUUUUUGUAGUUGGCGGACACAAUGGGGUGUCUCACUUGUCAAGCAUUGAGAGAUAUGACCCACAUCAAAAUCAGUGGACGGUGUGUAGACCUAUGAAGGAACCCAGAACAGGAGUUGGUGCAGCUGUAAUUGAUAACUACCUUUAUGUAGUCGGCGGUCACUCAGGGUCAUCCUAUCUGAACACCGUACAGAAAUAUGACCCUAUCUCGGAUACAUGGCUGGACUCUGCUGGUAUGAUGUACUGUCGAUGCAAUUUUGGUUUGACUGCACUUUGA